AAGGACUCGUUUCGCGUGUGUUUAAACUUAAACAAAAAAAAAAAAAAAAUCAAACACAAUGAGCAAGCUAUUGACCUCCGCCGAUAUUGAGGAUGGUAAGAUCGAGUACGAUAAUGCCACCGGGGCCAGCACCCAGUAUAAGCUAAUUGAUGGAGGCUAUGAGAUGAUCAUUACCACCCCUCAGCCGAAUGGCACGGUCAAGACUCAGGUGAAGACCUUCUGGGAUCCCAAGCCGGUGAGCGAAGCGGAUUUGGCCAAAGAGCAGGCCAACAAGAAGAUCAUCAAGACCCGCCUGGGCAAGGAGAUACGCAUCGAUGAGCGUACCACCAUGUUGACCCGUGCCAUUGAGGGUGGCUAUGAGGAGGUCUACACCACCAUUAACGAGGAUGGAACUCGCAGCAUGCGCACCAAAACCUUCUACGACUCGGUGCCGACAGAGGUCAAUGAGAAUACCAGCACCAAGGUGAACAAGACCAAGAAGAAUGUGACUCGCAAGUCAUCGGUGGACUCUACCGACUCCACUGAAUCCUCGCGUCGUGUUCUCCAGAAGGUGCAGCAGCAGAAGAAUGUGGUGCAGAAUAUCAACGAUCAGCAGUCGAACUAUCGCCAGGAUACCACCAUCGAGGAGACACGUCGUGUUACCCAGAACAUUGAGAUCACCGAGAACAAUCGCACGGUUAGAAAGAAUUCGCUGCAGGAGCAGAGCAUCAAGGCGGUGACCUCAUCGGAGGGCGGCAACAAGAAACCCAAGAAGAAGACCAAGUCAUCGGCUCCACCACCACCAGCUGAUUUCGUGCAGAAUGAUACCACAACUGUGGCCUCCAAGCGUGUGCCCGGCGGUGUGGAGUACACCUAUUCCACGGAGCUAGAGUCCGGCAAGACCAUCACCACCAGCAAGACUGUCUACGAGGAGGAGGAAGUGGAGCUAACCGAAGAGGAGAUCAAGCAAUACAAGAAGACUCUUAAGGAUGCCGAGAAGCAUAAGAAUGUUACCUCAACCAAGAAGUUGAAGUCCGAAUCGGGUACCAAGAAAAUUGUACCAUCCGAGAAUCCUGGAGAUGUCACCACCGUGGAGACCAUCAAGAUUGAAGGCGGCACUGAGUAUCAUUACACCACUGUGACCGCCGAGGGCAUCGUAAAGAAGGCCGUCAAGACUGUCUUUGAUCCAGUGCCCAGCACUAAGGCCAAUCCCGAUGAUACCGACGAAGAGGAGAUCAUUGAGGAAUACGAAGAGGAGAUCAUUGAGCCGGGCGAGAAGAAUAUCAAGACAAUUGAGACCAUCAAGCAAUUGCCCCACAAGUUCGAGGAGGAAGUGACCAUUACCCAUGAGAAGAAGGAGAAGAAGACUAAAAAGACCAUGGUCAUAAGCCAGUAGAGAUUGCACCCACUCACACAUACACACACCUACACACACCCAUGACUACCACACACACAGCAAAAGCUUUUGUAUUAGCUGGAUUGAUGAUUAGCCAAAGGCUCAAAUCAAAAAAAACUAAAAAAUUAUUCAAUUAAUUAUCAGCCUUGUUCGAAUUUGUUGAGAAAAAUGUAUUAGGAAUUAUAAAUUGGGAAAAUUUUAUGCAAAACUACUUAAUUAACUUGUAUGUACUUAAUUGUAACAUCAUUUUCAUUUAAUUAAACGUUUUACUUUGGUUUUGGUUCUAA